AUGGCGACGUCUCCAAAAGAGCGUUUUGAUGCGGCGGUGAAAGUUAUCCAUGGUUUGCCUAAAAAUGGUCCAUUCCAGCCUUCCUAUGAGAUGAUGUUGAAUUUCUAUGGAUUCUACAAACAAGCAACGGAAGGGCCAUGCAAGAAACAGAAACCAUGGGCAUGGGAUGUGGUCGCCAAAAAGAAAUGGGAUGCUUGGACUAAGCUGGGAGACAUGGAUAGUGAGCAGGCCAUGGUCAACUAUGUAGAAGAGCUUAAGAAGAGUAUCAAAAUUUGCACAGAAAAAUUGCGUCAAAUGAAUGAGAAUGGAGAUAAAGGGAUAGUGGAAACCAUGCCCCAGGACCAGGUGGUGAGGGAUUUCAUGGUCAAACUAGAAGAUUUCUAUGAAGUUGUUGAUGAGAAGAUGCCUACAUCAAAAGAUGUGGCACUGGAAGGUGGUCAUGAGGAUAUUGAUCUUGAUCACUCUAUGCGUGUUGAUAUAGCGCAUCAACUGGAGGAGGAAGGCCUGGAGCAGGAGAGUCCUGAAGACCAAAGAGACGAUGAACUGGAAGAAAGCCUAAGGAGAAGUGAGGCUCUCACUGACCAGUUCCAGCAAUUCGCAGAUGUAUCAUCACCACUACUGACCACUGGUGUGGAGGAUGUGAUGACCAACAGUGAGAGUGAAGAGGAAUUCUGCGAUACUUCUGACCAUCCAUCACAGGACUCAGAUUCACCACCUCGUGAAGUAGAGGAUGUGAUGGCCAGUCAAACAGCCUCUGGUCAGGUGUCCACCCCAAUAAAACCAAACAAGGCUGGUAACCACGUCCAUUUCAACAACAGUAUGACAGUUCAUUCUGGAAACAAAAUCACCCAGCAGGUCAUGUCCCCAAUAUCCAAAUCAAAUCUCAAUACCAAUGAGCAAUUGAACAUUCCAUCUUCUUUUCCAUUCCAUGCUGUAAAUGGCAACACAAGACACUUAUCUGACAGUAUGUUGACGCAUGGUGCUUCACCUGAUUCACAAAAUGUGUCCUUAGAGAGUGUACAAGAUAUCAGUUCCCUGGACAGGUCAGUAAGUUCAUUGGAUAAUUCACUACCUGGACAUUCAGAAACACUUGGUGCACACGGAGGAAGAAAUGACCAGGGGAGACCAUUCACCAGGAAUCAGCCAACUAGAACAGGGACCCGGACAGGUUUGUUCACUGGUCAGGGUGGAGCUAUUCCCACAACAUCCAGCAGUGGUAGGGGUGACCAGAAUGAAUCCAGGCCACAGUCUAUGGGUAAUGACCAGCUGGCACUGACAUUGACUCGAUUACAACAGGACAUGAACCGAGUACUUGCCCGUCUGGACACAGUGGAGUCUAAAGUGCUUCAAAACAGAUCACAGGGUGACCAGAAAACACCAAGAUCCAUAUGGAACUCACAGUGGUGGCCGUUUCCUUCAUUGACUGGGAGGACUUUUUUCUUUGUGUUUGUUUGGCCUUUUAUUGUGCAUUGGUUGUUGACAAGGAUGUUCAGGAGAAGAAGGCAAAACCGAUAAGUGUCGUGUUACAGAAUGAAAACCCGUAUAUUGUGCCAAAUUCUCCAUCACCAAUUAAUGAGGUAUGAACACAGAACAGUUGGUGCAUGACAUCUGGAAUACAGUUUGAUGGAUCACAACAGACUUUAUUUAAGGAUAAUACUGAAGCACUUAACAGGGGUAUUGCUUUGUACUACAAGCAACCCCACAGCAAUUAUGCUGAUUCCAUAAUUUCAUUUUCAGCUGAUGAAUAAUUAUAGUUGAUUAUCUCUCUUUCAAUUGUUAGUAUAAGUCCCACGCUCAGAAAUGAUUGAAGUGAGUUUUUUUCAGAAUUGAUUACUUAAAAUAUGACAUUUUAGUACACAAUCAUGUUAUCAUGAGAGGGUUAAUGAAUGAAGGGAGAUAACUUGUGUUUUAUAGGAUACACUCCAGUUGAUGGUUCUGUCACCAAUCCUGUUGAAGUAAUAACACAAGACAUAAUCAGAGCAUUCAUACACAAUAUAUUAAAUCACAUUCUGAUAUCAAGACAAUGAUCACUUUACAGAUAUAUAAAGAAUUGAAGUACUAAUUUUAUAAUCAACUUUUAUUGUCAGUAGAGAACUGGAAUUUGUUGUGAUAAUAGAACUUGUUGGUUGUUCUGUACCAGAUUUGGAGGUAAUAACUGCAUCUUUUUUCUGAUAUGUUUAACUAAAUAAUGUAUUAAGAGAAAAUGAUGAUGUUAAGGUGUUUUUAAUUAGUUGUUUUGAACUAUUAACCCUGAUUUAUUGUAUGUGUUUUGUGUCUUGUAGACAAUCAUUUCAGUGAUUCUGCUUACCUAUCAAUAUUUGUAUAUGUGCUGCCUCAUUGCCAUGAACAAUUUAAGCAGAUAAAUUAUAUUCAAAUCUGUCAGAUUUAGAAUCAAAAGGAUAUUUGUAGAGCAUCAAUGCUUCAUUAUUGAUGAUGAAAUUUUCUAACGGUUUCUCUGUGAUUUACUUGACUUUUGUACAAGCUUGAUUUUGAAAUAUUUAUAAAACAUAUGAUUUGAAAAACUCCUGGCUUAUCUGGAACUUAAUUUUUGCUACAUGAAGUUAAAUAUAAUUACUAUUGUCCUGUAAAGUAUUACAUGUCCUUCACUGAUAUUGUUAACCAGAGAAAGCAUUUACAUUGUGUCUAGUAAAGCUUUAUCAAUUGAAAUAUUCUCACCUGGCCUGUACUUGGAUGGUUGCAUGUUUUUUCAUUUCCAUGGCUCUUCCUGUCCCUCAACAUUGUCCCUCCAAUGAAUAUAAGUGUUCUCUCCUGCUCCAUUUUCUAUUGGUUGGUAAGUUGUAGGUUUUUGUCUUGGUGUUUUGUCCUUUUGCUCAGCAUUGUUUCACCAAUAGACAUCAACGUUCUCUCCUGUUUCAUUCCAUUCCAGUCCUUAUAAGUACAAGUGGACAUUUGAGAUUGGUAUUGUUAAUAUCUGUGAUAUGUGAUGUAUGUAUAUAAAUUGGUUUUAGUUUCUAUUGGGCUGUCUUCUCUAGAUUACAUGAUUUUUGCACAAUGUUUACCGAUUAUGUACUUCAUUUGGGGUUAGGUGUUGUUUUAUAAACCUGCAAAAAACCAUUGACCAAGAUGUUGGGUAAAAUUACUUCAUAGGUCUAUAUCAUCAUAAUUAUAUUCACUGGAAAAAGGUAAAUAUCAUGAAGAAUUAAGAUGGAACAUGAGGAA